CUUCUUGCCAAAAGCUAAUCCGACCCCACCAGUAGCAGCUGCACAGCCUCUGAAGAUGGCUUCACUGGCAGCAUCCACCGCUUCUGCCUCUCUUGGCAUCUCGGAAAUAUUCGGAAACCCUCUCAAGUUAAGUGGAGCUAGCAGGACAACCACUCCAACAGCAUCAAGCCCUGUCACCUUUAAGCCUGUUGCGCUUUUCUCCAAGAAGAAGGCUGCUCCUCCCCCCAAGUCAAAACCCACCUCCGUUUCCCCUGCCGAUGAAGAGCUCGCCAAGUGGUAUGGUCCUGACAGAAGGAUCUUUUUACCGGAGGGACUGUUGGACAGGUCAGAGAUACCGGCGUACUUGACCGGAGAAGUUCCCGGAGACUAUGGAUAUGAUCCUUUUGGACUCAGCAAGAAACCAGAAGACUUCAGCAAAUAUCAGGCAUAUGAGCUAAUCCACGGCAGGUGGGCUAUGCUUGGAGCUGCCGGAUUCAUCAUCCCUGAAGCCUGCAACAAAUUUGGUGCUAAUUGCGGUCCUGAAGCAGUUUGGUUCAAGACUGGCGCUCUUCUCCUUGAUGGCAACACACUGAACUACUUCGGAAAGAACAUUCCCAUCAAUCUUGUAAUCGCAGUCAUUGCUGAGGUUAUUCUUGUUGGUGGUGCUGAAUAUUACAGAAUUACCAAUGGAUUGGGUUUUGAGGACAAGCUUCACCCUGGUGGUCCAUUUGAUCCAUUGGGGCUGGCAAAGGAUCCUGACCAAGCUGCAAUUCUGAAGGUGAAGGAGAUCAAGAAUGGCAGGCUUGCAAUGUUCGCCAUGCUCGGAUUCUACUUUCAAGCUUAUGUCACUGGAGAAGGCCCCGUGGAGAACCUGGCAAAACACCUCAGCGAUCCUUUUGGCAACAACUUGCUCACCGUGAUUGCGGGAUCAGCAGAAAGGGCUCCCACCCUGUAAUUUUACUUGCUAUUUUCUUGAAUCCAAAUGCAUUGAAAUGAUUUCAACGAGGCUUAAACCUCAAGCUGCGAACUGCAAAUUUCAAGCUGAUUUUCAAAUAUAUGACUUGCAUCUAU